CACACUAAACAGCUGACGCUGCGUGCGAAUGCAGAAAAAAAAAGAAACACAGGGACGGUGCAAAAGAAGAGGGAUUUUAUUUUGAUUUCGCCUGGCAAUUGAGUAAUGGCCGGACUCCUCCAUCUGACCAAGCAGUGCAGCAUCCAUCUACCCGCCCACCUGGGACGCGCGAAAUGCUACACACUCGCUAAGGGAACGGGCGUCCACGUGCAGGCAAGAGUGCUGUACUCUUCGCUGGCCAAGGUGGAUGAUCAGAGCAGCAGCGAUGCCAAGCGAAAGAAGAUAACCCCGUUUACGCCCACGCCGGGCAGCAAGCUUCUGGGUGGAGUAUUUGGCAAGAAGGCCAAAGGGGGCGGCAGCGAUGGCGGCUCGGGAUUGGGCAAGCUGGACGCACCGGAGGUCACCUCGCAGGAUAUGCUGCGCGCCAUGAUGGCCUACAUUUGGCCGAAGGAGGAUCCGCUGGUAAGGAAGAGAGUGGGCAUUUCCCUGGGUCUCUUGGCUGGCUCCAAGCUGCUGACCGUCUGUGUGCCCUUCCUGUUCAAGGGAGCGGUGGAUACUAUGACUACCCUCAACAUGGACACUGCUCCGGAUGCUGUGCUCUCUGCAGCCACCGCUUUGAUGUUGGGAUAUGGCAUUGCUAGAGCCAGUGCAGCGGGCUUCAACGAGCUGAGAAAUGCAGUGUUCGCCAAGGUGGCUCAUCACUCUAUCCGCAAGAUCGCCAGCAAUGUGUUCCUGCAUCUGCACAACCUGGAUUUGGCUUUCCAUUUAAACAAGCAAACAGGAGCGCUGUCAAAAACCAUAGAUCGCGGAUCGAGGGGCAUUAACUUUGUGCUCUCCGCCAUGGUCUUCAACAUAGUGCCCACCAUCUUUGAGCUGGCCCUCGUUUCGAGCAUCCUGGGAGUGAAAUGCGGACUGGCCUUUGCCGGCGUGAGCAUGGGCUGCGUGGGCAUCUAUGCCGCCUACACCCUGAGUGUCACCCAGUGGCGCACCCAGUUCCGCGUCUACAUGAACCAGGCGGAGAACGAGGCGGGCAACAAGGCCGUGGACUCGCUAAUCAACUAUGAAACAGUGAAGUACUUCAACAACGAAAAGUACGAGGCGGGCUGCUACAACGAGGUGCUGAAAAAGUACGAGGCGGCCAGUCUGAAGACCAGUUCCAGUCUAGCGCUGCUCAACUUUGGCCAGAAUGCCAUCUUCAGCAGUGCCCUCAGUUUGAUCAUGGUGCUGGCCGCCAAGGAGAUUGCCCAAGGCAACAUGACAGUGGGCGAUUUGGUGAUGGUCAACGCCUUGCUCUUCCAGCUCUCGAUUCCCCUCGGCUUUCUGGGCAGCGUGUAUCGCGAGGUGCGACAGGCUCUGCUGGACAUGCAGGCCAUGUUCACGCUGAUGAAUGUGGACAGCAGGAUUCAGACGGCUUCCAAUGCCCAGCCCUUGUUUGUGGACACCACCAACUCCUCGAUCGAAUUCCGCAACGUGAACUUUGAGUACGAGCCGGGCAAGCCCAUUUUCCGGGACCUCUCCUUCACCAUUCCCGCCGGCAAGAACGUGGCCAUUGUGGGCGGCUCUGGCUCGGGGAAAUCCUCGAUGGUGCGCCUGCUCUUCCGCUUCUUCGAGCCAAACUCUGGCAAAGUGCUGAUUGGUGGCCAGGACAUCAGCGGCGUGGACUUGGAGAGUCUGCGCAAGGUCAUUGCUGUGGUGCCGCAGGAUUCGGUGCUGUUCCACAACACCAUCGAGCACAACAUCCACUACGGCAACCUGUCCAAGUCGCACGAGGAGGUGGAGAAGGCCGCCCGCAUGGCGGAUCUGCAUGACUCGAUCAUGAGCUGGCCGGCGCAGUACGCCACGCAGGUGGGCGAGCGAGGAUUGAAGCUGUCCGGUGGCGAGAAGCAGCGAGUGGCUAUUGCCAGGGCCAUCCUUAAAAACACACCCAUCCUGAUCUUCGACGAGGCUACCAGCAGUCUGGACUCCAUAACAGAGCAUAACAUCCUCCAAGCCUUGACCCGCGCCACCUCAGGACGCACUAGCAUUUGCAUUGCCCACCGCCUGUCCACCGUCAAGGAUGCCGACGAGAUCCUCGUGCUGGAGAAUGGCCAACUGGGCGAGCGGGGCACCCACUCGGAGCUGCUGAAACAGAACGGUCUGUAUGCCCGCCUCUGGGAGACGCAGACGCAGCAGUUCGAUCCCAGCCGAGAAGCCAAGGAGGAGGAGGCACCAGCGAAAGAGUCACGGGGCGUAGCUUAGACGACGAGAGGCUACCUUCUUCACCUGCACCCUAUGUAUGUGUUUGUUCCAAAUGUUAUAAUCCUCCCCUUCGUUUGGCCCCCGAGUCCCUGGACCCACGAAAUUCACCGUAGAAUCCUCCCGGCCCGGAGAUUCGCUAUUUAUAGGUUUAAAGUAUCAUUGUGACGUUUGUAAAUACAGUUGUAGAUAUCAGAUAA